AUGGGGCCGAAGAAGAAGGAACAUUCAGUGGCGUUGCGUGAGAGAGUGGUAUUGCUCCAUUCACAAGGGAGAAGCUAUCGACAAAUCGGAGCAGAGGUGUCUGUGAGCUACACCACGGUAAGAGCCAUCAUUCAGAAAUAUAAAGAGACUGGAACAACAGUGAAUAAGUGUCGUCCUGGACGUCCAAAAGUGCUUACAACCCGAGAGCGUCGCCAUAUCAUCGCACUUGCUCGGAAGGAACCUGCUACAAGUGCAGCAACUAUUGCUGAGAUUGUUCAGACAACGUCCGACAAGACGGAACACAUAUCAGAAACUACUGGAAGGAUUGAAAUGAAAUUUGGCACACCUAUUCUUUUACUUUGA